AGAGAAAAAUAAAUUCAUUCUCUUGCUUCUGCUGUUCAAGCUAGUCUGCUAGUCCUAAAAUUCAGUAACAAUGGCUGAAGAGGUAAUUCUCUUGGAUUUCUGGCCCAGCCCUUUUGGGAUGAGGGUGAGAAUCGCUUUGGCUGAGAAGGGUAUCAGCUAUCAAUACAGAGACGAGAAUCUUCAAGACAAGAGCCCACUAUUGCUGCAGAUGAAUCCAGUUCAUAAGAAGAUCCCUGUGUUGGUCCAUAAUGGGAAACCCAUCUGUGAAUCUCUCAACAUUGUUCAAUACAUUGACGAAUUUUGGAAUGGCAAAUCUGCUCUGUUGCCCUCUGAUCCAUACCAGCGAGCCCAGGCCAGGUUCUGGGCUGACUACACAGACAAGAUGAUAUAUCCCUGUAUAAGGGGAAUAUACACUGGAAAAGGAGAAGAACAAGAGAAAGCAAAGAAGGAGUUCAUAGAGGUGUUGAAGGUUUUGGAAGGAGAGCUUGGAGACAAACCAUACUUUGGGGGUGAUAGUUUUGGGUUUGUGGAUCUGAGCUUUGUACCCUUCUGUAGUUGGUUUUAUGCCAUGGAGGAAUUGGGAAAAUUCAGCAUUGAAGCCGAAUGCCCAAAACUGGUUGGAUGGGUGCAGAGGUGUAUGGAGAAGGAGAGUGUGGCCAAGACCCUUCCUGACCAACACAAGGUCUGCGACUUCGUUCUGCAACUCAGGAAGAAAUUUGUUGCGGAAUAGAGAAG